CUCACUGUUCGUGCGCCUCUGCCACGAUAGGAGCCAGGGUGUUGUGUAGCCUGUGGAGAGAAUGGAGGAUUUGGGCAGUGACUCGUUUUCGUGGACGACACAGAAGAACCCAGUGGAGGAGUGCGAAAGUUACUCUCUGUUGGGAAACGAACUUGUAGCUGAAGCUAAUCUGAGAGAUGAGUACUAUUGGAAGCUUGUUGCAGAUUUCAUCGGGCCUCAGACGGGGGAAGGGCUGGAGCUUGAACAGACGAAAUGCAAGAACAGACUUCUGAUGCAAGUGGGAAUCAUGAGAGAGGAAAAUAAUUUCCCGUGGCUUGCCGUUGUGAGUUGGCUGAAACACAUUUUCCCCCGGCACUAUGCUGCCGACUUCCGUCGAUUAAUUGAAAGAGGCAUCGCGACGACGUUGAGUCUGGGAACUGAAGCGAGGAGGACCUUCAUGGCAUCGGAUGUCAAUUUUGACUUUGUUGGCCCCAUAUGCGAUAGCAUUGGAGUUGAACGGCCACAUCUUUUGGAAAUGAGGGAUUUUUCAGAGCGAGCGCAAUCGAUUGAAGUCACAAACGGAUUGAUUCUUGAGUUGAGCAACUUUGUCGCGAGGGAGAAGCUCGCCCCGGUCAUCUUAGUAACUUGGCUCAGAAACUUCAACCGGGAGUUUUGCAAGAAUGGGAAUAUUCAAGCUGCUUAUAAAGUCCUGAAACCCAGGAUAAAAAAGGUGAAGUUUUGCUACCGUAAUUAUGAAACCAGAAGUCACAGGAGGAAUUUAGCGAUGGAGAAUCUGCUUCAAAGUCCAUUUGAACUGGUGUGGAAAAGAAAGCCCAAGGUUUUUCCGAAGAAACGCAUGAAAAGAGAGAGCAAUGGUGAAAGAGUUAGAAUCAAGGAAGAAUAUGAGAGCUUUGAAAUCAUGCCAGGUGAAGGUUCUGGGAUGGACCGAGGGAUCGUGAAGAAAGUGACAGUGAAAGAACGCGUCUCUUUACUAGAAGAAAGUGAAAUGAGUCCGGAAGGAUCCAGCGGCGGAGAGGGAAUCCUAGACGUCCGACGGCCGCUGUCGCUGCUCGACAUCACAAUGCUGUCGGUUCACAGGCUGUCAAAAGUGUUCGGUGGGAAAACCGCAGAAUGCAAACAAGUUUCCUACGAUCUCCUCAAAAAUCACUUUGCUCAGACGUGCAAGGAGCAUCCAGCCAUGGCAGAGUUUGAGAACAAGGUCAAUUCGCUCAGUAAGGAGAUCUCCCUGGUUUCUCCUGUGGACUUUAUACACUACAACGCCAAUUUCCUUGUUGACGUGCACGAUGCAGUGGAGCAGCACAUUUUGAACUUUGAAAAAGAGAUCACUCUCUCAGCGGGAGAGAAUCUAGGCCGUGACAAGCUUCCAAAAUUCAAGGGGUUUGUGAAUCUGAAAGAAAGUGCCACCUCCCGCUACAUCCACAUGGCUUCUGAUAUCCUAAGCCCUCGAAACAGGGAUUGGCAGAGCUCCCAGAGUCACUGGAUCGCCUUCUGUGAGGAGAAGAACAACCCGUCCAGACUCGCAGCGAAUCAGUCAAACAAAUUCAACAACUACUUCGAAGCCGCAGCGGGUCUCGUCCACCAUCACAAGGAGGUUGCUCUCUUCUUCUCUGACGUGCUGUCACUGAACAACGACAAUUUUUCCAACGUCAUUCUGGAGAGCGUGGCCGCUGACGCCAGUGAUUCCAUCAUUCAGUGCCUUGUGUGCGUCCUGGCCAUCAUUUACUGCAAAAUCCUCGGCCCGUACUGGCAGCUUUUGAAAAGUGGAGGUGAGUUCUCGCUCUUUAGCCAGUACAUGCUCCGUCUUUUCCAAAGGUUCCUCGAUUGGUCCAAAGAUCCCUCAACUCUGCUGGAGCCGGAGGAGAUUACAAACGUUUUUCUGCAGUGCCCCUCGCAGGAGAAAACCUUUGAUGGCGUGUUUGAUUACUGUGGCGAGUGGCACACGAAUCGGGACCUGAUCAAAGCUUGCCUGAAGAGGGCGAUAAAGAUUAUUGCGGGCGUCACUGAGGAACACCUGAAGAAUUUCCUGCCGGGAGGAACAUUUUCCCAACUCCCUUCACCAGAUUUAAGCUUGCAACUGGCGAGUUGCAAGUUCUCCGUCCUGAUGGCGAAAUAUCCCAUCACCCAUGUGCACCCUUACAAGAAGAAAAGAUCUGACAAGUCCCCGAAACCCUCCUCACAGAAGAGCUUGCCCCUGGAGAGCUCUCAGGAAGAAGAAGGCCGGCCUGGUUCGCUGGAUAACAGCUCUGAUGAAUCUCCCGGUGGGAAAGCUAUGAAGAAUACACUCUCUGGCCAACAAGAUGAUGGCAGCAGCAGUCAAAGAGCAAUGUCAGUGCGAGUACAAGAAGAGACGGAGGAGAACAUGGACAGUAACUACAUCACGUCCAUAGUGAGGACCAACGGAGGGCCGUGCCUGUCGCAGCAGGACGUGGACAGAAUGAUGCUGCGCUUCGAUGGAAAGACCCGGCUGGAGAAACGAGAAGCGAUGCGCUGCGAGAUACUUUACCAGAAGAUGAUCCUCAACAACACCAGCAAACACUUGAACGGCAUUUUCCGCAACUCCACCCAGAUGGUAUUGAAGCUGAAGCUUGCACUUCCCAGGAUUAAACCUGGGUUCUCUCUGGUUUUGGCUCCUAAAAGGGCAUACCUAAAGUAAGUGGUCGGAGAAGUGAGAGAAGGCAGCAGCGGGGGGGGGGGGG